AUGUCCGCUUCAGACUCAUCCCUCACCGCCGUCUACGAGGCCAUCGAGAAGACCCUCAACGAGUUCCUCCUGGGCUACGAGAAAGCGACAGCGCACAACGACACAUCCUACCUCUCGACCACGUUAACACCCGACUGCAAGCGCCGCUUCUUACCCGAGUCGUUUCUCAAAUCCCAAGGCGCCCCGGGUGACUUCGCCACCGACAACAAGACGUACGAGGAGAUGUUCUCCAAGCAUCUUCCCGUCCACGCCACGCACAAGACGGAGAUCAAGAACGUCACCAUCGACGCCUGGAAGAAGAAGGCCGCCGCGACGACCGUUUUCCACUGCAAAUACAGUGACGGAGAGCCCCUUCUGAUGGAAUUCGGGUGGUUCCUAAGCUUCACGGAUGACGGGACGAAGGUUAAUGAGGUCUGGGAGGUCAUCGACAGCAUGGAGGCGCCCAAAUUCGAGGAAAAGUCCAAGAGGCUCUUGGAGGAGCUGGAGGCGAAGAAGUGA